UGAUAUAUUGGGCAUUUGGGCCUCGGCGUGUUCGCAGCUCGAACAGUUUGCCUAGUGCUUCUUACUCGCGGAGACACCUACGCGAGAGCGAGAGAGAGAGAGAGAGAGAGAGAUGGCGUCGAGCGCGGCGGUGCCGUUCUGGAGGUCGGCGGGCCUGACGUACGUAGGUUACUCAAACAUCUGCGCCAGUUUGGUGAGGAACUGCCUCAAAGAGCCCCACAGGGCUGAAGCCCUCAGUCGCGAGAAGGUCCAUUUCUCCAUCUCUAAAUGGACAGACGGCAAGCCCCAGAAACCCACUCUCCGUUCAGAUACAGAAAUAGAAUGAGGUAGAUCGUGAUUCCCUUCAAUAACACAUCAAACAGAGGCUUUAUUUUGAAUGUUUGUGUGGAAUUGCAGCUGUAAUAAUGUAAUGCCUGAUACUCUAAUAUGCUUGCAUUGCCUAUUACUGGAAAACUAAGCAGGAUAAUCAUCCUUUCUUUUUUUUUUUUUCCUCACUCCUGAUUCCUUAAUAAUGCUAAGCAUUGCAGCAGUUCUUGAGUUUA